CGGAGGGCGGUGUCGUCUCGGUUGCUCUGCUCCGCCCGCGUCUCCAUCAUCAUAGCCGAGCCAGCACUCGAGGAAGCAGAGAGAGAGAGAGAGCGGGGCAAGGGAAGCGUUGAGCCAAACUUGUGUGUAGCGAGAGGGAGAGAGGCGAUAUAUAAAACACAGCAGUACACGUGUACGCAGCCAGGGCGAGUCUCCUACUCCCUUAGCUGUUACGUGGAGUUGGAGGUGGUUGUCGCUGCUGCUGCUAAUAGCAGUGUGACGUAAACAAGUUGCCGUUCGUUGUUUUUCUGCUGCGCAUGGCGGGAUAAGUGUAAGAAGGUAAGGCAGAGUAGGAUACAUUUUUUUUGUGGGAAGUUGCAGUCGAGCCAGCUGUAUGAAUAAUUCAUAGCGUUAAGUUGGAGGGGACUAGUAGUCGUUACUGUUCGGAGAGUGAGAGAGUUGGGGGAGAGGAGAGAGAGAGUUAGGGGAGAGAGAGAAUCUCGCUCGGAACAUCGAGCCAGCCGCGUGUGGUCUAGGGCGCCACUCACGGCGGGGAGUACCAGGAACACCUCGCACGCACACAAACACGCGUGUGCGUGCGUGCGUGCGCUUACCUAACACAGCCUCGAGUACGUACACUUCUCUCACACUGCAGGUAGUGUUAGACCUUACACACACACACAGAGCCGCGUAAACCGAGAGAGAUCGACAAAAACCUCAAUCUCGAAUUAUCCAACGCGAGCGGGGCCAACCCACAAGAGACGCGCAGAUUCGCUGGGAGUCUUAUCUGCCUGCACACACACAGAGGGUGGUGAUAGGGGGCGCGAACGCGUGGCAAGCGAGUUGUCUUCUCGAGUGUCAGCCACGAGGAGAAAGAGAGAGGCGGGGGGAAGGGAGCCGAGUUACUGUAGCAGUUAGUUCGCCGUGUUCGUGUCUGGAGGCAGGAGCGGUGAAGCGAGGAGUGGGACUGCAAGCGGUGGGUAGCAUUGGCACGUCAUCCAGGAGGAAACGCGAAGGACUAGAGGCGAGAGGCAGUGGAGUCUGAGUUGUCGGUCGACACGAGCAGCAGCAGCAGCAGCCUCGCCAGCCGCAGCGAGUGAACGAGUCCGUGCCAUGGCUGCUCCUCUUCGCCACGGAGCUCGCCCCGGUCGUCCGCUCCUCCUCCUCAUCCUCGGCGCCCUCCUCGUCUCCUCGGCGUCUGCCCUCUCGUGCCUCUGCGACCGCGCGCGCUGCGAGGCACCGCGUGGCUGCGCGGGUGGCACGGUGCCGGACGUGUGCCACUGCUGCCACGCAUGCGCCAAGCAGGCGGGCGAGGCGUGCGGCGGCAUGUACGACAUGCUGGGCACGUGCGACAGGGGCCUGCGGUGCGCGCAGCCGCCCGCCGCACGACUCGGGUUCAGCAUGACACCGGGACAUUGCGAGGAGGUUCCGCCCGACUGCCUGGACGUGGUGUGCGAGGACCAGCCGCCGCCGCCCGUGUGCCCCAUCGACUCGGUGCUGCGCCUGGGCCACGUCCCGCUCGGCGAGUGCUGCGCGCUGCCCUCGCGCUGCGAGUGCGACCCGGCCCGCUGCACGCUGCCCGACUGCCCCCGCGGCGGCGUGCGAGUGCUCAUGGCCGAGGCCCAGCGCACGCCCGGCCGCUGCUGCGACCUCCACGUCUGCGCUCCUCGGUCCGACGCGCGAGGGAGGACGUGCAUCCCUGAGGAUUGCCCCCCGGUGCCCGAGGUGACAUGUCCCCCCGGCAGCUUCGUGGCGUUGGGCACCGAGAGCCACGACGGCUGCUGCCUGCUUCCUGCGCGGUGUGAGUGCCCCGUGCUGUGCGAGAAGCCGACGUGCGACGCCGGGAUGGUGCUGCGACUCGUCGCCCACGGCAACGGCAGCGUGGAGAGCUGCUGCGACGAGUACGAGUGCGCCAACGAUCCCGUCUUCCCGGUGAGCAACCCCGCGGGCUGCUUUGCCAAGGGGCAGAUCCGCGCGCACGGGGACCGGUGGCGCGAGGACGACUGCACGUUCUGCCAGUGCGUGAACGGCGAGCACCACUGCACCGCGACGGCGUGCGGCCAGAGCUGCCUCAACCCGAUCCGCGUGCCGGGGGAGUGCUGUCCCGUCUGCGAGGAGCCGACGUUCAUCACCAUCCGCCCGCCGCUCUGCUCCCCCCUGCUCGGUUGCUCGCUCACGGACGACAGCUGCCCGUACGGCUUCUGGCUCGACUCGGACGGGUGCCGAACCUGUCGCUGCAAGACCAAAGCGGAGCACUGCCGCAGCGUCAUCUCGGGCUGCCGACUCGACUGCCCCCACGGCAUGGCCACCGACCGGCACGGCUGCGAGGUGUGCCAGUGCCGCCCGCAACCCAAGAAGUGUCGCCACGUCGCCUGCGCAAAGCGCUGCCCCAACGGAUACAUCAAGAACAAGCACGGCUGCGACAGCUGCCGCUGCGUCAAGUGCCCCGACUUGGUGUGUGACAAGUUCUGCCUCCACGGCUACGCGGAGAACGGCAAGGGCUGCCUGCUCUGCAGAUGCAAAGUCGCUCCAGGGCCACCGGCGCCGCCGGUCGCCACCGGCUCGUGCACGUCGAUGGACGGGCGGCGCUACGCCGACGGGGAGAGCUGGCACGACGGCUGCCGCGACUGCUACUGCCAGGGCGGGCGCGAGAUGUGCGCGCUCAUCGCCUGUCCCGUGCCACGGUGCCCCACGCCGGAGCUGCGCCAAGGACACUGCUGCCCGGCGUGCGCCGACGACUCGCUGGCUGACCGGCCCGAGCAGGCGCCGCACGCCGUGUGCCAGGCGUUCGGCGGGGAGUACUACGUGGAGGGACAGAGCUGGAGCGCCGACUCGUGCACCCAGUGCACGUGCCACGCGGGUCGCGUGCUCUGCGACACCGAGGUGUGCCCGCCGCUGCUGUGCCACGACCCCGUGCGCGCCAAGGGAUCCUGCUGCCUCUCCUGCCCAGCGGGCGCCUCGGAGACGCCGGCGCCGAACGGCAACGGGAGUAGCGGCGGCGUGGGCGGCGUCGCGCCGCAGUACUGCGUGUCGGAGGACGGAGACAUCUUCCUGGAGGGCGAGGUGUGGAAGGCGAACGCGUGCGAGAGCCGCGUGUGCCGCGAGGGUCGCAUCGUGCGCUUCCCCGAGCGCUGCCCGCCCCUCAGCUGCCGCCGGCCCGUCCUGCGCAAGGGCCAAUGCUGCCCCUACUGCCUGGAGGUGAUCGUGCCGCUCAAGGUUUGCUACUACGAGGAGCAGAUCUACGGGGAGGGCGAGCGCUGGAGCCCCGACCAGUGCACGCACUGCCACUGCCGCAACGGCGAGGCCGUGUGCAUCGUGGAGGACUGCCUGCGGCCCUCCUGCAGCCGCCCCGUCCGCCUCGACGGAUCCUGCUGCCUCGCGUGCCCAGAUGACGAGCUGCCUUCGGAGCCCGCGAGCGUGCCCGCUGAGAGGUCCAACGAAGUCGAGGCCGUCACGGAGAUGGUUCCCGUCGCUUGCGUCAUGGGGCCGCUGUCGGAGGAUUCGAACGAGUUGGGGUGCCAGCGUGCGGUGGACGGGGCAAGCGUGGACCGGCGCGGCGGCAUUGCCGGCGUUGCCGGCGGUGCGGACGUGUGGCCGCUCUGGGUGGUGAUCGGCGCACUGGCGCUGGGGCUGCUCGUCGUGCUCGUGCUGCUCCUGCACUCGCGGCGGCGCCAGUGGAUUCCCCUGCAGCUCUACAAGCCGCCCGUCAAGACGGUCUACCUGAACAACGACCUGGACAAGAACACGGCCGCCACCGCCACCACGGGGGCAGCGGUGGUAAAGCCGCCGCUGAACAACGCAGCCAAGGUCCAGCGCCUGGCAGAGCCGGACCCUCGCUACAGCGGCUACUACAGCAUGAUCAGCCCGAGCGGCGCCAGCGUGUGACACCCCCACGCAUCCCGGCGACCCCGUGACCCCACGGACCCCCCCCCCCCCCCCGGAGCCACGGACUUCGCCCUCCAGGCCUCCUGCCGGCCGGCGGAGGGUGCCCUGCCGUCUCUUGCUCUUCCCAGUGCUUGACUCUUCUGCAAUGUGCACUUUCUGCUGCCCUCGAAGCCCCUCUUCCCCCGAUAGCGCUUUGUAGAUAAUUCUGCAAGGUUCAAACAAAAAUAAAAACGAUCGAAAUGGAAACAAAAUUAGAUUUUUUUUUUCAUAUAACGGUCAACCCCGUAUUAUUUCCUAGAACUGCGUCAUCGCAGUCACUCUCGUCCACAUUUUCAAGAAGAUAAAAAAAAAUGUUUUGUUCUCAUCAUCGGGAAAAUGAAUGCCGAUUUUGUCAGCCAGCUUGGGCGACCUCAGGCGAGACUGUUGGGACAGCUCAUGCCUGUGUUGCUCAGCUGAUGGCUGUGUUGGGCGGCUCAUGGCUGUGUUGGGCAGCUGGAGCGUUGGGAACUUGGGCCGUCGGAGAGUGGGCAGCAUGGACGAUGGGUGGCGACGUCACAGAGAAGACGGACAAGGAGAUCGAUUUGUGCGAAAUUCGUUACAGCCGUCGAGAAAGCCUUAAAAGCACCUUUUUCUAUUUUGCUUAUAGAUUUGUUUUGUCUUGCUUACUCUUCAUAUUUUAUAAAAAAAAUAAAAGCACUAUAUAGGAUGUGAUAAUGUAAAUAUCUGACGUUCAUAGCAAUGUCUUUUUGACUAUGUUUUUUGUUGAGAUCAAGCAGAGUUCUCAUGAUGUCAGUACACGUGGUGUUCUUGGGCGGGCCGUGCCAAUUCAGAGAUCUAAUACUAUUGCUGCAUUGUCGCAAACACGGUGUUGUUUAUAUCCAAGUUAUUAUUUUGUUUUUCAUGAAAGGUACUUGCACUGCUCGCAGGUUUGAUGUUGGGCCAUUCCAGAACUCCCAAGUGCCGCCCGUAGCUGAGAUCUGCUCGUUAACUCAAACGGCGGUCGACUUCCCAUAAGUUAUUGCCACGUCGCUCAUUAGAACCCAUGCUGAUGAGUACACAGUGAGGCGAAGCCACAAGUUCGUCAAUGUGUCGGCUGACGAGCCUCAACACGGCCUGAUGAGGCCAGUCGGCAGAAGAUUGACCAACUCUUUAAUUUAUUAUUUUAUUUUAAAGUAAUGUUUUAUUUUAUUAAUCCAGUUUUUACAUUCUAACACGUACACACACACAGCUUACUCUGUGUUAAAAUUGAAUAGGCUCUGGUGUCAUCAGUCGCAAUCAAAGUAUCACCACUCGACGUACAAGAUGCAAAAAGAGAUAAUGUCAGACGGGGAAAGAAAGAAUUGUCAUGAAUGAAUGUAUCUGUCUCUCUGAGUUAUCUCUCUCCCAAAGUAUCCGUUCAGUCAUUCCACGUGGCUUAUGCUCCCUCUUUCUGUACAGGUGUAUUUUUGUCGGCUCGUGUGUCGCGCUGUUUGUUAAUGCUUUGGCAAUGUUAUUUCUAUAUUUUUUAAUAACAGAAUAAUUAUAAAGCUAAUGUACUAAAGAACUAAACUUUAAUGUAAUUAAGUAUAACUGGAGCUAGUUUGCUGACUUAUUUAGUUGUCUUUGAUCGCUCGGAAUACAGAUAAUGAAAGUGUAUUUUGUUUUUAUAUAUUUUUUUUUUAUUGGCUGGAACAUCUUGCUUUGAAUUCCGCAAGGCGAUCGUGGAGAAACCUUGCUUGGGGCUGAAUAUGAACGAGACAGAAACGAAGCGAUAUGCUGGCACUUUUGUUCACGCGUUUCGAGUGGCAGAGCAGCGCCCCACUGCCCGCGGUCCCACCGGCAGAGUGGAGCACAACUGCCCGCGGUCCACGUGACAGAGCGGCACGCCACUGCCCGCGUUCCGGGUGGUAGCGACGCAACUCGAAAGGGUGCCCGCCAGGGGAGGCUGUCUCGAGCGUCAGCGUGGACGGAUGCUCGCUCGCUCGCUCUACAAGUGCCUGUUAGGUCCCUCAACUCUCUGAAUAAGCCCUAAUUUAUAUAUUAAACAUUCAAUCGAAAUAGUAAUUUAUUAAUCUCAUGGUCGUGGCGAUUGGGUUGGAAACAACUGGGAGGUUUACUCUGGUGUUGCUUGUGUUCAGAAUUCCCCAAAGCCAGCAUAGCCACAGUCUGCUGCUGCUGUUCCUUGUUACGAACGGUUUCGUUUCAGCCGGAGCUGUCCGGCGCAGAGCUCCAGAGAAUAUUUCAGGCUCCUGGAAUUUUUGGGUUUCGAGGCCCCCCAGAAAGCAUUCCAUGAGAAAUGAAGCCCUGCUUUUGUAGCUACGCCAAUCUGUUCGAGUUAGACAAUAUCGGCCAAUGAUUUUCUGAGUCUUCAACCAAGCACGGCCAGUCAGGUGAUAGGUUUCUGUGCAGUGGGCCAUAGAGAUGGUUUAUUAACUUAAAUAAGAAACAAUAAUAGUGAUACCCCUUGUUUACCCAGGAAGGACUUGCCGAGUAUCAAGAUUCUCUUUCAGGAAGGUCCUGCUACAUUGAGAUGUUUGGCCAUUGCCGUGAAUGAGACUUUGGCUUCGUGUGGGAGGUAAUCAACCGAGCAGAGUCCAAUCUGGACAUAGGAGGAGGUAACGGUGAACACUCCGCACAGAUGUAUUCCAUAAUCAAAUUAUGUAUUGUCAUCUCCGGGCCAGCGUCUUCAAGGUAGCGAAGAAAAUGAGUUAAAACUUAGAGGGCACGAUGCAUUUAAAGAAGAUGAUGUAUCACCGUGUUUCUUUUCUAAGGGAAUUAAAACUACAAUCCUCGCUCAGUUGUUACAUCGGGUGGAAUGUUGUCUCUGGGGCUUGUGGUAGCAGGGCCCAAAACAUUACGGCUCAAGAAACCUUCCGCGUCGAUUAUUCCGAAAGGAUGAGCUGUGGGCGAUGUGUAGCAGCGGGCUCCCUGACGGCAGCGAGUCAACAUUGGGUCACGUGUCAUUCGCUCCAUUCUGUGUGUGUGUGUUUAUAAAAAGGGUCCGUGUGGGGGCAGCCGGGUGGGUCAGAGGUCGUAGCUCUGAGCUGGCACCGCCGGAGAUUCCCAGUCGGAAUCUGGGCAGCCGACCUGUGAUGGAGACAGCUUCUCAGGUGUCGCGGCGAGUUGAAGGCCUCAGCCCGGUCACCAAUGACUGCACGAAAAAACGAUCACAUUGACUGGGUUUGCACUGAAUUUGGGGAGCAACUGUGGUAGGUUUUGGCAGUGAUCCUGUACGCAUGGGCCACCUUAAUCUGACUGAAUUGCAAGUCUGACAAUGCAAAACAUUGGUUUCACUGACAAGCAUUGCUGUAGCAGGGCAGGUGGAAAAGUGUUGUCUCCUACUAUGAAUAAACAGGGAUUUCUGUAGUUAUCUGAUAUCCACUUCCACGGGGGGUGCGGGGGCAUGCUCUAUCAUGCGGUGUCUCACUGCUCUUCAACAACAGUUGACGGAUUCUUGGUCUCAUUACCCGAUGUCGAUAGGGGGAAAUCGCGUGUGCGUCAGAGGAGGAGUGGGUGGGGGGCAACAUGAAGCUAUUAAAAAUAAAUUAAAUAUCUAUUGCCCUCCUACAUUGAAAGCAUACCGUUUAAGUCCCGUUCUGAAAAAAAAAUCGAAUUAUAUUUUAAAAAAUCUAACGAGGAAUGGUGUCAACGAUCAAGGCCUGAUGAGAGGUCUCCUUUUCGCCGCUUUUGCUCCACGCGAUGAGGAGGAGGGAGCCCCCCCCCCCCCCCCGCUGCCGCCACUCCCCUGGGUGUCCGUGCUGGUGCGAGCUGUGGGCCGCCCGCGUGGAGAGCGUGACACACCGGCGUGGACGCGGGCCGAGAGCGUGACACUUGCGCGUGACACUUGAGCGUGACGACCGCGCGCUCGGCAGGGGGGCCUGUAAAAGCGUCGCUUCUGUAGAGCACUGUAAAUUGCUGCGAACAGCACAAAUAAAACGAAACGUUAAUUUCCA